AUGUCCAAAAGGCCUUUAUCCCAAGUUGAUAUUUCUUCGUACGAAUCCGAACCAUCGAUUGCUGUUGCAAGUUUUUUCAAAGGAUUUCAUGCCCCCGUUGAUACUGAAUUCAAAUUAUAUCGUAAUAAAUAUUCAGAUGAUCAAUAUAUUUUACAUGGUGAAAAUAAUAGAUUAGAAUACAUUGGCCAAACAGAUUCUGAAUCUACAGCUGGUUUACAGUACCUUGUUGGUGUCUAUAAUAAAAAAACAAAUUCAGUUGACUUAUAUAAAGCUCCUGUCUUGGUGUCUAAAGUUGUCUCAAAGAGUAAAAGGGAUUUAGCAGGUCCAAAGAUUAAAAACCAGGGCCAAGUUCGUGGAUCUGUGUUAAGGAAUGCUUUAGGUGAAGCUUUUGGUACAAAGAAAGCUAAGAAAGCCAUUUCAGACUUGGAAAGAAAUCGUGUUGAUUCCGAUAAAUUGGUCGAUGUUGCUGUGGAUAUCGUUGAUACUGUUAAAUCUGCUUCCAAAGGUCUACCAACUAGAAAGGAAAUGGAAACUGCUGUUGCCAAUGAUAGACCAACUCCAUUGGCUAACGUUGAUGCCACUGAUGUAGAACAAAUCUAUCCAGUUGAAAACAUAAUACCUUCUAGAGAGCUACAAUCUAUUCGUGUUAAUGGUAUCUUGAAGGAGAAAGAUAUUGAAAAGAAAUUAGAAUUUUUCCCAUAUAUUCCAAAAUCUACCAAAUACAUUAAAAAGAAACUAAAUAUUUUCAAGGAACCAUCUCAAAUUGUGAAAAUUCAGUUAUUGUAUUAUUUAACAUUACUUUUUGGUGUUUAUGAAAAUAGAAGAUGUCGUAGUAAAGACCAAUUAAUGGAAAAACUAAAUUCUCCUCCAGAAAGUUUGGUGGAUGGUAUCUUAGAAAGAUUUACUGUUGCUAGACAAGGUGCCUUUGGUAGAUCCAAGAACCGUUCCUUUUUAGUGGAUCCACACAGUGAAGAUAAAUUAUUAUGUUAUAUUUUGGUCAUAAUGUUACACCUAGAUAACUUUAUUGUGGAAAUUUCCCCAGUUGCUCAAGACCUUGGCCUCAAACCAUCUAAGAUCACAUCUUUAUUCAGAAUUAUUGGCUGUGUUGUCAAGAGUGCUACAGUCGCACAAGCAGAAGCUUUCGGUAUUAGUAAGGCAGAAAUUUCCACUUAUAAAAUUGCUACUUUAAAAGUUCCCUUCAAAUUACCUGAAAUGAGCAGAAGAGGAAGAGGUCCUAGGUAG